GAGCAUAAUGCAUGUGGGAGAAAAAUAAAAUUUUGUGAAAGAGAAGACCAAAAUAAGAUUGAAGAUAAGAACCAAAAUAAGUGUGUAAUAUGAGAGUUUAUAAAAUUUUUAAAUAUUAUAAUAAAUGAAAAGCAUUCUGGUAUCAAAAUGAUUGAAUUAGGUGUUGACCACAACAAAGCUCUUGAUAAUAUUUUGCAAGCAGCAAGCAAGCAUCCUAAUUCACGUGUUUCAAAACUUAUACACAGCGUGGAGGAGGAACGCUCUCAAAAAAACAUUGUUCUUUUGCUUAUUGAGUUGGCUGAACACGCGGAGUAUGCCACUGAUUUCAGUAUAUCUCUAAAAUAUUAUUUAGAUUUAUUCGAGCAAUUAGGUAUUGGACGUGAAAUUGUUUUGAACGAAGCAGGCUUAUUACUAUUGAAUUCGUCAAAAGUUUAUGCGAGGCGAGUCGAUUUUGUACAAGAGUUAGUGGAGCGGCAAAUACUGACCUUAUCCAAUGCGGACAAGGAAAUUGUGGAAAACCGUGGUGAAGAUGGGGAUAAAAAAUUGGAGGGAAAAGCUAAACGUACACGCAAACGCCUCGUGGCAGCGAUAGAGGACCCCUUUGAAGUGGAAUUAGUUCCAAGAAAAUUUCGCAAAUUAACCGACGAAAAACGAUUUGUUGGUGGAUGGGGUCAAGAAAAACAAAAGAUGCUCACAUCAAGAUUCUAUAAAAUAGACUCUGAACAAUAUAUACAUCCUGCUGCUUGGAUGCAUGCUACUAUUGUCGAUCUUGAAAAUGAAGAAGAUAUUGAUUCGAAACGAAAUUAUAAGCUCUACACAUAUCAUGUAGAGCACCGUUAUAAUACGUUGGUGUCAGAUAUUAAUUUUAGAAUGCACUUCAAAGUAAAGGAUUAUAUAGACGAAGAGGAAGAACGACUUGAAAGAAAUGACGAUUCCAAUAACAGUUCUACAAAUAUUCUAAAUGAUUGGCCACCUCUUUCGGAGGAAUAUGUAAAAAAAUAUUUAGACUUAGAAAAUAAAGCUUUAGCGAUUGGUGAAGUUUUUAAUAAUUGUAAAAAGCUUAGAAUAGAUAAUUCUAAUGAAGACCAGAAUAUAGUGAUUUUUCCUGAACCAGUACAAAAUCAGAAACUUUCCAGUGAAACUAACAAAUUGCUCAAUCAAACAGCAAACACCGAAGAGUAUAACUCUAAUUCCAUGCAAAGUGAAUCAGGAGUUGGUGAUAGCAUUAAUACGUUAAACGUUGAUAUAAGUACAAAUUCAAAUGAAACUACUGCUAAUGAACAAAGUGAAGUUACCAUAGACAGUGAAAAUGAUAUGAGUGACCCAAACUUAACAGAUGAAAGCUCAUGCUUUCAGCAAGGCCAAAAUUUGAACUCGACUGAAAAAUCACUUUUAGAAUCCAGUAUCGAGUGUGAAAACACAAUUGAGGCUUCAACUAUUACUACACAAAAUCAAACGAAUGAAAUUUAUUCAGGUAAAGCAAUCUUAGCAGUGAGAACUGAAAAUGACACUGGUUUAGGUGAAAGCAUAACGGAUCAAAGCCAGAGGGAGAACGAUUGCAGUAAUGAAAAUAAUAACACCAAUAAUUUGGCUGUAAAUAAUUCCCAAUCGAAUUCAAAGAAUGAUGAGUCCGUAACUGGAAAUAUAAUUGGAAAUGACGAAAACGAAAUCAACCUGAAUAAAAUACGUGUUUACCUUCCACACCUAGACGAUGAGGGCGUUUAUUUUUCGGAUUUGGAUGAUCAGGAACACCGUAUGCUAUCGCCGAGAGUAGUUACUACUGAUGUUUUCCCUUGUAUACCAAACAAGAAAAACAUAACUAUUAUCAUCGAUGAUGAAAUAAGAAGUCUUUUAAAUAUAGCAGACGAUGAGCCACCUCCUUCAUAUACAAUGCCUAUUCAAGUACGACCUUCUACACCUCCAAUAGAUCUAAAUAUAUUUAAAUUUCAUGAAAAACUACUUAGACGCCGACUAUUGUUUAAGCUUGGGCCCGAAAUGGAGCUUUUCCUUCAAUCGCGUUCAAUGAAAAAAUCUAAUUGCACGGAUGUAAAUGAACAAAGGCAAUACCGACCGAUGAAAUUAUUCAAUGAAUCUCAUGAAGGCAAUUUUGAUCAAUCAACUAACGAAACUGACAAUAACAUACUUAGCGAUGGUGAAGAUAUGGAGGAAUUCCUUGGAUUUACGGAGGAGGAACAGUCAUGUAAAAUGUUUCAUCGCUUGAGUAGGGAUUCAGGUGUUGACGCAGACGUGCCCUUAACAACAAACGUGUCUGAUGUGGAGACUCUUAGUAAAAGUCUAAAUAACAACUCACAGCUUGAAGGACCAAUAUCUAUAAUUGAAGAAACAGUUGAGAAUGAAAAGUGUGAAAGUUCAAAAAAGGAAUUUAAAGAAAAUUUGACAUCGACCACAAAUAGUGAAAAUGAUUUAAAGGAAGAUAUCACAUGUCAAGCGAAAAUAUCAACAGAAUGUGAAAAUUCGACCAAUGAAAUAACUUCCGAUAUUGAUAUUUCCGCGAACAAUGCUUUCCAAAAUGAUAAUGAACCAGAAAAUGAUACUUCUUCGAAUUUGCCUUCAUUGAUAGAUGAUGUUAUUUUAGACACGGAAAACGUUCUGGAGGUUGAAAAUAGCAAAACGAAGAUACAAAAAUGGCACGAGUAUUUGCAACCCAUUUUAUCAAAAGCACGAGAUCGUCAUCAUUUCGACGUUUUUCAAUUAGGGACGGAAAUUAUGAACGAAUUGCAAAAUCCUGCAGUACCAGAAAAUCAUAUAAAAUCUUCAUCUACAACAUUCCAAGAUGUAAUGAUCAAUAAGGAUGAAAGUUAUGUAUCGCGCUACUUUCUAUCGACGUUGUUAUUGGCAAAUCAAAACAAUAUACAAAUCGAUGUGUUCGAGAAAAGUUCUGAAAAGCCCUCAGCAUGGAACAAUAUACAAUUGAAUCUGUUAGAUACCAAACGCCAUACUGUGGCUAUUGAAGAUAACAUUGGAAUAGUUCACUCGAAAAAACCAAGUAGAAGUAACACGAUGUGCAAUAAUUUAAACGAAUCGUCUGUUACAUCUGGAUGGAGAUACAAUACAGAAACGGCUGGAAACGUAACUCUUAGUAAUGAGCGAGUGAAAGUUGAUUUAAAUGUUGUUCGUCCCUUGAAACAAAUUGAAAAGCUUCCAAAUAUCAAUGACGAUUACGAUUCUGGUAUUUUUUCAAAUGAAGAGUGUUCGUCGUGACAUAAUAAUAAUGACUCUGGUUCACCGUUACUGGCUACUGUGUAGUGAUAAAGUUACUGUUCUUUAGGUUAAUUUGAAUAACAUAAAGUGUUGGGUUCUUAUUCAUACUUAAAAAAAAUAUUUUUUUUUUAAUAUUUGUCUUAGAUAGUUCUUACAUUGGCCAUGAGCAUUUGUACACUACUUUCUGCAGUACAAACGUGCAAUACAUUUGAAUUUUGACGAAUAAUACAUUAUGAGUAAAAAAAGAAUUGUAUAAUUUAAAUUGUUUAAAACAUAUUUUUUUUAAAUUAAUUCACUAAUUAUCUUUAUUUGAAAUGUCUUAAUUUGUUUUGUUUUUUACUUUUGGAUUCCCCACGUCAACUUCAAAAGUACCUUUUUUACUUGCGUAUUUCACUUUUUUGUUUUUCUACUUUAAAUUUGACAAAUGCAUAUAAUAUAUGUAUGCAUUAAAAACAUUGUACCUGAAUCCUUAAUGUGAAUUGGAGGAGGUAGGGUUAGUAAUAAGGCAAAUUAUUUUUAUAAAAAGUGACCAACUAAAUAUUGAUUAUAUUACAUCAGACAAAAUUGCACUUCAAUUGAUAACUGUAUAAUUUUAAUAAAUAAUGAACGAAGCUGUAGGAUACAAUCUUAUAAAUAUUGUUUAUCCACACGUAGAACUUCAAAUAUAUAUAUAUAGAAUAUACAUAUAUAAUUAAGUUUUUUAUAUACACAAAAUAGUUUUAAAGUAGUGCUAUUGAAUUGAUAAAAACAUAUUUGCACGAACAAAUA